AUGGUUAAACCAAUUCAGUUAUACACAUUCGCGACUCCAAAUGGUUUCAAAGCAAGUAUUUUCUUAGAGAUUCUAGGAUUGGCAUACGAAACUACUGUUGUUGACAUCACUAAAAACGAGCUGAAAUCCGAUUGGUUUGUGAAAUUGAACCCCAAUGGACGUAUUCCAACUAUUGUUGACCCAAACUUUAAGGACGGUGAAAUUACAAUUAGUCAAACAGGUGCAAUUUUACAAUAUUUAGCUGAUAAUUACGAUAAAGAACACAAAUAUUCCUACCCAUUCGGAACUGAAAAUUAUUAUAAAACUUUAGAGUAUCUUAUUUUCCAAGUUUCCGAAAAUGGUCCAAUUCAAGGUCAAUUGAACCAUUUCAAGCUUUUUGCAAAGGAAAAGAUUGAAUAUGGUAUUACCCGUUAUGAGAACGACACUAAACGUAUCUACGGGGUAUACGAAGAUAUUUUGCUGAGAAACUCUGCAAACGAUAGCAAAUAUUUAGUGGGCGAUCGUUACACUGUUGCUGAUUUUGCUUUGUUUGGAUGGGCUUACUGUUUGCCUAAAGUUGGCAUUGAUAUUCAUGAUUGGCCAUUGUUAGGUAAAUGGUUCGAUACUCUUAAUGCAAACCCAGCUGUUAUCAAAGGUGUCAAUGUACCAGAGAAAAAAUGA